AUGGAUGAUAAUUUGAAGAUAAGUGAUAACGACAACUAUAUCCGGGUUGAAAUAAUUCCACAAGGACAGCAGUGUAUAAUGAACCGAGGUAAUGAAAAUCAGAAAAAAGAAUGUCGGUGCAUAAGAGAAUACAGAGGGUCGGGCCGAUUAUUCAAUAUCAUAGAAUGUGUUGAGAAUUCAAAAAAAUUACCGACGAUUUUCCGGAAAGGGUUGGGGAUGGCAGAGGAAACUUCAACUCCCAGAAUGCUCCGUCCAUCAUUACUAUUUUCGUUCUAUGAGUUAGUGCUUUCAGAGAAACGUAUCACUCAUUCAUCUGGUCUUUGUGAAUUGGUGCAAGAGCUGUUUUAUCCUGAUCUGAAACCUCGUUAG